CAAUCCAGAAGAUGGCUACCUACGAAUGGAUUUCCAGAAAGCGAAACUACGACGCAGAACGCAAGAAAUACGGCGUCGUACCUCAACAGUGUGCAAAACAUCCUCUACAGCCACAGGUUGUGGAAGAAAAGAAGUUGGAGCCUGUCAAACCGACGGCGAAAGCCGCUGGCACGACGGCCGGUAGCGUUGGCGGUGGUUCAGACUUGAUGGACCCUCUCAGUUCGAGUUCCGACCCUCUGAGCAUCGAUUUGGAUCCUUUGUCGCUAGCCGCUGCCACGUCUCGAAAUGUGGACAAGGAUUUUGCACCAACAAUGCAAGGCUCAAUGGAUGACUCGUUCGAGCCAUGGCGUGCCAAGAAAGCCAACAUCCUAAGCAAAUACACAACAUCUGAAAAGCUGUCGAUCACAACUAGUUUUUUGAGUGACGAAGACAAGGAGAAAGUUAUCGUGAAAACUCAGAAAACGGUGACCGUCAGUGACAAGGUCAAGAACAGGCUCGAACAGCUGGAUGAUUUUGAGGAGGGCUCUGUGAGGGAAAUGCUCGAUCUCGAUCAGCAACAAUACGUAAAGCGUAUCGAAGAGCUCAAUCAGGCAUUAGAGACAGCCUGGGAAAGCGACCAGAGAGUGAAAUCUCUGAAAAUUGCCAUACAGUGUGCGAAGCUUCUUGCUGACGUUUCGGUCAUUCAGUUUUAUCCUAGCAAGUUUGUCCUCAUCACCGACAUCUUGGAUUGCUUCGGUCGCCUCGUGUAUCAACGUAUCAGACAGAAGGCGACAUACCAACCACCCGGUUCACAAAAACCGGUCACUCUGCCAGAGUCGUUCACACCCGACAUGGUGCCUGACACUGCGAAGGAAACGUGUAGAAACUGGUUUUUCAAGAUCGCUUCCAUUCGAGAACUCAUUCCCAGAUUCUUUGUUGAAUCUGCUAUUCUGAAAUGUUACAACUACUUGCCUGGAAGUGAGUACAAAGCUGCGUUGCUUCGAUUGGCUCAUAUGAUUCGAGGAAUAGGCAACCCAUUGGUUGCUACGUAUGCUCGAUGCUACUUGUGCCGGGUCGGUGUGCUGGUGGCACCCGAGGUGAAAGACCACCUUGAAUACUGUUUCACAGACUUCGGCUCAACAUACAAACAGUGUGACGAAGAAAGUGUUCAGAACUCACUCGUUCUUCAGCAUGUCGAGAUGGUCACUUACUUGAAUCUCUAUGUACCUGCACUGGACUGGAUCCUGCAGUGCAUGGCUCAUCGGUCAUCGGAGAGGGUGCUCGCUGGGGUGUUGGACAGAUGUGAGCAACAAUGCAAAAGCGGCUUGGUUUUGAACGCCAUUAUGUCAUCUUUCAACCCUCAGUUUGUAUCGGCAAGAGCUACGCAGUUUUGUGAGUUGAUCAAGGAGUGCGAAGAAACGGGAUUUCCCAAGUGUGAACUGUAUAAGGCUCUUGGAAUGAAUGUUGUGCUGAGCGACCCGCCAGCCGACUGCAGACUGACACUACUGAACGACGUGUGGAAGACUGUUACGAAACUGAAGAAUCCUGCGGAUUACAUCAUGUGUGCUGAAGUGUGGGUGGAAUUUCCUGCGAAACAUUUUGGGAAGCGCGAGGUGAACACUCUGCUCGGCGACAUCAUCAAACACAUGACACCCGAUCGAGCAUUCCAAGACUACUACCCACAACUGCAGUCAGUUGUCGUGAAGGUGUUAUCACACAUGCAUGAUUUCUCAACCGUCUUUGCUAUGGACAAGUUUCUUCCAUUUAUUGACAUGUUUCAGAAGGAGGCUGUACGCGUGGAAAUGUGUAGAAACAUUGUGGAAGCGUUUGUCACCCAUCAACGUGAGCUGACGAACGAUCCGGUUGUUAUCAACUCGAUUAUGUCAAUUUGCAAGAUCAUGCACGACUUUGUCAAUGCAUUGACUCUCACCGACGAUCGACGGCAGAUCUCCAGUCUAAUCAUCGGUUUUAUGAGACGAAUUCAUUUCGGGCAAGACUUUGAGCAGCAGCUGACGUUUUGCGUCGACGCUCGAAGCUCGUUCUGCAACCUGGAACCGGCCUUGAUCUUUCUAGUACAUAUGGUAAACCGACUAGCAGUGGACACCAACCGGGUGGUGAGAGGCAAUCAUACUCGCAAGACUGCGGCUUUCGUUCGUGCUUGUUUCGCAUACACAUACAUCACCAUCCCGUCUAUUCCGAGUAUAUUCAGUCGUCUUCAGUUGUACCUUGUCUCUGCUCAAGUAGCAAUCAUCAAUCAAGCACUCACUCAAGGCGACGCUUUCUUGAAAGCGGCAACUACUUGUGUUGCAGAGGUUCCGAGGGUACUCGAUGAUGAUGGUAAGAGCAAGGCGACCGAGGGUAUUCUGGUUAGCUACAUAAGACACUUUGUGUCGAGCCUGCUCGUUGUCCCGGAUCAUCCCGAUCAUGGUGUGGCAUACAUUCUAAAGGGUCUCAUGAAUGUUUUGGAGGAGUAUGUUUGGGAUAGUGGUGAUUCUAAGGCUGAGAUUUAUAUGAAUGUUAUUGUUCUGCUUUCGGCAUUGAGUCAGGAGGUAUACAUGCAUAGUGUACAGAAUGUUGACUUGAACGACAGUUUAUAUGGUGGAGAUAGCAAGUAUGUGGCAGAGCUUUCAAAGAUUGCAGACAUUCUUAUCACCAAGGUCUUGGAGCACCUGCAUAAUUUGUCAACAGGCAGUGGCGAAAACAAGAAGAGACAAUCUGCUCUUGCACUCGAAUUCUUUAGCAGGCUUGUCAGUCAUGCUGAUGUCAGUCACCCUAGGAUGGCAGAACUCGCACAAAAUCUCUGGAAUCUAGUACAAAAGCACGGCCUGGCGGACACCAGCUUGAUGGUGCGAGCUGUUCAACACGUGAAACAGAGAGCAUGCGAGAAGGGAGGAGACGCAUUUGCCAGACUCGCACAGAAAAUGUCGCUUCAAUCGAGAACUUAGUAAACGCGAUCAAACACGCUUUUUCUUGGGUUUAUUGGAAGGGAAUUGGGUUUGUAUUGAAGUCUGCAAUUGUCAUACCUCUCAUUAAUUAAGCUAGAAAACCCUGUUACAUUGUCAACCCUAUCAAUACUGAUGCAUACGCCACUAAAAUAUCAAAAUGCAAAUACUAUACAGUGA